AUGAGUCUCGGCAGAGGCUCGGACGAGCCUCGGCCGAAAAAAGCCCGUCAAAGUCGAAAAAACAUCAAGUCAAUGUUGAUAGUUUUUUUCAAUUAUGAGAGCGUUGUACAGCAUGAAUAUGCUCCUACAGGCCAGAUAAUCAACAAAGAGUACUACGUUGAAGUUCUGAAAAGAUUGCGUGGUGCAAUCAGGAGAAAACAAUCGCAACUUUGGAAAACUGGCGACUGGCUUCUUCAUCACGACUAUGCUCAAGCGCACGCAUCAAAUCUUGUGCAGCAGUAUUUAUUGAAAAACAGUGUUGCGCUGCUCCACCAGCCUCAAUACAGUGCAGAUAUAGUUCCCUGUGACUUUUGGCUUUUUCUUCGAUUAAAAAUGCUGCUUAAGGAAGAUCAAUUCGACGAUAAAGAGAGUCUUGAAACUAAUACGACGGAUGCACUAAACGCGAUUCCGAAGUCUGACUUUCAAGAGUGCUUUGAUAAGUGGAAACAUCGAUAUAAGCGUCUUGUUCACUCAAAUGGGGACUACUUUGAAGGAUGCCACCCCUCGGAUGACGAAGAAUAA